AUGAUUUAUACUGAAGAGUUGGAAAAUGAAGAAGAUAAAGAUAUGGUUAUGUUACAUUUAGUCAGAAGAAACAACAAGAGCUUUUAUGACUUAGCUAAGAUAUAUAAAUCUGACAGAAACUGGUUCUAUCGUGAAAACUUACCGAUUUCAAUGACACCGAAUGAGCAAAUAAAGGAAAUUGUCAAAAAUACUCUUCCUCAAACACACUAUGACAUCAAAGGUUGCACAAUACUUACAUUCAAAGAAGACUUAACAUUACUGAAGGAAAAAAUAACAGAAUAUUUCGAUAACUUCAAAGAGGAAGAAUGA